CCGAACUUGGGGGCGAACUUUGUCCAAUAGGAUAAACUGAUGGCAUUUAUCCGUUUCAGCAUCAAGACUACCGGCGGCCAACACCAAGCAACAUGUGAACACAAAAUCCUCACCACCAACAGGCGGAAGCUAGAUCAAAACAGGGGUUACACGUAAGAGGCGCAAAAGGCGCUCACAAGACUGGUUUUGAUGCACCAGGCAUUGGCUCCUCACGGCCACGGACCGAUUACAAGACGGGACAAAAGGCUUGUUGACAGUGGGCGUGCAGCUCUAUUUGCCGACACCAGUUCCAAGUGAGGGACGCUAGCGGGAAGAUGAGCUUUCAGAGCCGGCUUGGUUGUAAGAAUCCUGUCUGUGCCGUCGCAUUUACCCGGCGGAGGCGGCUCGAUGUCCCACUCUAAUCACAUCUGCUUGCUCUGCAAAGGUUUUGUCAGCCAGGCCAUAAAGCGCAAGAAGGAAAAGAGGAAGGUUGCGUCCCCGCGUUUGCCAAGCUUCGGUAUCUCGCCACGAAUCAGGGGCCCCCUGGCUGACUUUAACGAUUGUUUGCUGUACAGUGAAUUGCAUUCAACAAGAACUUUGCUCCGUGCUCGCAUUUCCAUCAGGGUGUCGCAUCCAUCCAUCCCACGCGGUUCCACUCUUGACUUCCCAUCUUGUAUGGAGGGUCCCACUCUCCCCCGAGGGAGGGAAGAGAUUGUGGACUUAGGUACUCACUUUUUGACAGGACGACCCACCGCCUAAGGGCAAGUCAAGGAGCGAAGACGGGAUACCAGGCCCUCAGUUGUCCCUCAGUUGUCCCUCACUAAUACCCAACACUAUGUACGCGGCGCAGGUGGUUGGCGAAUGGGGACGACAUGGAAACGCCGUUCCAUUGGACUGGAUCCAUCAGGUAUGGAGUGAUCACCAUUGCCCCAUGGGGCGGCAAGACCCCAUGUUUGCAUCUCCACCACCUUAAUUCACAAAUUCCGCCCAACCAUCAGAGCAGGCAUCGACAGCCGAUUAUCCCCGCUUACUCCGCAUGUCCCAGAUCACAAGAACAGGGCAAUAGCUCCUGGAAGAUGGCAGGCAAAAUGCAGAUUCCAUGGCGGACAGGGCUGGACGAGACUACAUCGAGGAGAAUGUUGUGACUUGGCCCGAGGUAAGGGGGCAGGCAGGUAGCAAUAUCGAGAUGGGAUGCGGGAACCAGAAUCAGUGGAAAGGAAGUGAGCGAACCGCCUUUCCGUUCCUGGGAAUAGAUUUUCCUCUGUACCUACGCUUAUGUACCGUCGUUUAUUGGACGGGGUUACCCCGAGAGUUGAGUGGCCCUUGGCCAUCCCGGGGUCAUGGAUACACCCUCUGCAGGCUAUAUUGAAUUCAUACCAUGUGCUUGGGGAUGAUCCGCGAGAGCGGUUGGAUUAAAUGGCGCGCUGUCCUGCUCCUUUCCUGCCGUCCCCGUCCCUCUUCUCUCCUCACCCUCCCCCUUACCUCCAUCUUCACACAAGGGUGUGGCCUGCCCCCAGUCGAUUCUAUUGCGACUAAGAACCUCCUGUCUGUAUUCUUGCUACCGCGACAUCAGAAACCAAGACAGCAACCAUGGCUGGCGACGGUGCUGGCGUGACCGGCAAGUCGGAUCCCAUCAUCACCCGGCUUGCCAGCGAGGACAAGAAAUGGUUCUACCAGAAGCCCAACCUGCUUUACCUUUACCUGAUGCUCUUUCCCACUUGCAUGGGUAUUGAGUUGACGUCUGGUUUCGACUCGCAGAUGAUCAACGCUCUGCAGAUCGUCCCCUUCUGGAAAAUUUACUUCAAAGAUCCUCAAGGUGCUCUCAAGGGGAUUAUUGCCGCUGCCUACUCUCUCGGUGCUAUUCUCUCUCUUCCGUUCAUCCCCAUGGUCAAUGACAGGUUCGGCCGUCGCUGGUCCAUCUUUGGCGGCUCUGUCAUCAUGGUUAUCGGUGCUCUCGUUCAGGGUUUCUCCGUCCACGUCGGCAUGUACAUCGUCGCCCGUAUGAUUCUCGGUUUCGGUAUUCCCACCUGCAUCGUCUCUGGUUCGUCUUUAAUCGGAGAGUUGGCCUAUCCCAAGGAACGUCCUGUCAUGACCUCGCUCUUCAACGUCGCCUACUUUGUCGGUCAGAUUAUUGCUGCUGCCAUCUGCUUUGGCACCAACAACAUCCAGAGCGACUGGGCCUGGAGAAUCCCAUCGCUUUUGCAGAUUUGCCCUUCUCUUUUGCAAAUCACCUUUGUCUUCUUCCUUCCCGAGUCGCCUCGCUGGCUCAUUACAAAGGAUCGUGGUGAUGAGGCUCUUGCGAUCUUGGAGAAGUACCAUGGCGAAUCUGAUCGCGGCGCCGAGUUCGUUGCGGCCGAGUUCGCUCAGAUGCAGACAACCAUCAAGCUCGAGUUGGAGGCGGCCAAGAAGUCAUGGUUGGACUUGUUCAAGACGGCCGGUAUGCGCCGUCGUGUUCUGAUCACCACCAUGCUGGGUCUCUUCACACAAUGGUCCGGCAACACCUUGAUUUCAUACUACCUUGGUGAUCUUCUUAAGAUGAUUGGUUUCACCGACACAACCUAUGUCCAGAAGAUCAACGUCUCGAUUGCCUGCUGGUCACUUGUCUGCGGCGCCACCGUUUCUCUCCUCGUCACCAAGAUUCGUCGUCGCGUCAUGUAUCUCGCUUGCACCAUCUCUCUGCUUCUCUGCUACAUUUCCUGGACCAUCUCCAUGGAGCGCGCCCAGACUGCCGCUCAAGCUGGCACGCCCAACAACGCAGCCAACAUUGCGACCCUCUUCUUCAUCUACGCCUACUCUCCCUGCUACAACAUGGGUUACAACGCUCUCACCUACACCUACAUGGUCGAGGUGUGGCCCUAUGCUGAGCGCUCUUCCGGUAUCGCCUUCUUCCAGCUCUUUGGCCGUCUUGCCGGUUUCUUCACCACCUUUGUCAACCCCAUUGGUCUCAACUCGGUGGGCUGGAGAUAUCUCAUUUCCUACUGCUGCUGGCUCGCCUACGAGGUCGUGUUUGUUUACUUCUUCUUCCCCGAGACAUUUGGUCGCACUCUGGAGGAGUUGGCCUUCUUGUUUGAGGACAAGCAUCUUGCCGAACAGGCCAACGCCGCUGUCGAAAAGGUUCUCAACGAGAAGAACGCGGACGCAAUUUCCCUCGGUGGGGAGAAGGGUCGCUCCGAGGUCCGGGAGAAUGUUGCUUGAGAUGGUCACAGCAUUGCGGCCGGUGUGAUCUAGCCAAAGAUACCACGGAUUGGCUGGAGGGAAGGCGUUUGCUCGGAGACGCACAUGCUCGAUGGAGCGGGAGCAGGGUGUACCACAGUAGAUGCAUUUAUCUUUAGUUACAUUAGCACUAAUCGCCUAUAAAGGAUGAAUGGCAUUUGCUGUUUCUGACGUCAGCCCUUCUCUUGGCCAUGUUAACGUGUUGAUAUUUGCCGCUCUGG